UUGCAAUUCAGUGUCUGGAGACUGUGUUUAAGAUUAACCUGGAAGAUACUCAUCUUGCACCUCCACAGCAUUUGACAGAAAUGUUCAAAAAUUGUUUUCACAAGAAUGACAUGCUGCCUCUCUCAGAUUCUUUACCAGAGGAUGUUGAAAAGGCUGACCAGCUGAAGGAUGAAGGUAAUAAUCAUAUGAAAGAAGAAAAUUAUGGUGCUGCAGUGGACUGUUACACUAGGGCUAUAGAGCUGGAUCCAAACAAUGCAGUCUAUUACUGCAACAGGGCUGCUGCUCAAAGUAAGCUCAACAACUACAGUGAAGCGAUAAAGGAUUGUGAGAGAGCCAUAGCAAUAGAUCCAAAGUACAGCAAAGCAUAUGGGAGAAUGGGGUUGGCUCUGACCUCAGUGAAUAAAUAUGAAGAAGCAGUUACCAGUUACCAAAAGGCACUGGAUCUUGAUCCAGAGAAUGACUCUUAUAAAUCAAAUUUGAAAAUAGCGGAACAGAAACUAAGAGAUAUGUCCAGUCCUACUGGAACUGGACUGAGUUUUGACAUGGCAAGCUUGAUAAACAAUCCUGCCUUCAUUAGUAUGGCAGCAAGCUUAAUGCAGAAUCCUCAAGUUCAACAACUGAUGUCAGGGAUGAUGUCAAACGCCAUUGGUGGCCCUGCUGCAGGUGUUGGUGGCCUGUCAGAUUUGUCCAGCCUGAUCCAUGCGGGGCAGCAGUUUGCACAACAGAUACAGCAGCAGAAUCCAGAGCUCAUAGAGCAACUGAGAAAUCAUGUCCGGAGCAGAUCUUUCAGUGGCAGCACUGAAGAGCAUUCCUGACUUAAAGGAGGCAUGUGAAUUGUAAUGGUAUAUAACCCCUAAAUGCAUAUAAUAGCUAGUAGCAAAAGCACCAUUGUAACUCUUCUGCUUGAAUAGAAGACAGAAAAUUCUUUGUGUGUGUUUGCAAACAAGAAUAAAUCUGUUAAACAGAUCUAUUGCACCUAACUUGGAACAUAUCGUUUAUGUAUAGUUAGUCCUCUGAAAAUUAAUACACAAAGUAGGUGAUUUGUGAAAAUCCCUAAGUACAAGUCAUUUUCAGUACGUGCAUCAGAUUGAUCUCCAGGGCUACUGAGUGGGGCGGAGUUUUGUAGUGCGCUGAUCUUGCAUAACAGCUUAAUUCUGAGUAUGAAAGACAUGUUAUUCUUAUGGUGAAAAUC